AGCAGUAGUUGUCCUCCUAGUAAACUGAGUAAUAUGUACACACUGAAAAAGGGGUCUGUACAAAACACAUUACAUCUUUUAUUUUUCUUCUCUAUCCUCGCACUAUAUAUAUAUGCUCUCCUUCACCUGACUCCAUUUUCACUUUCUUGAUCUCUCUCUAAGCAAAUUACUCUUUUGCACUUUUUUGACUCAAUCAAUCUUCAAGAAAGCUGCUUUUUGAUCUUCGAAGCUGCUGAACAUGUGUUGGUUGUGAUACAAACAUAAAGUUGCAGUUAUAUAUCUCUAAAGUAGGGGGUGUAAUAGGAUGGGCUGUGGGUGCUCUAAAUUCACCUUGUGUUGCUGGAGUGGACAGAAUGGUCCCGUUCAUGAGGCUCAGAAUCCUGAUGCUGAAGAAAGAGAUGAAGUUAGUGAUUUGCCUAUGUUCCGCGAGUUUACUGUUGAGCAGCUGAGAAUAGCUACUUCUGGUUUUGCGGUAGAGAAUAUAGUUUCAGAACACGGUGAAAAAGCUCCUAAUGUUGUUUAUAAAGGAAAGUUAGAGAACCAGAGGCGGGUUGCUGUUAAACGCUUUAAUAGAUCUGCAUGGCCUGAUUCCCGACAGUUCUUAGAAGAAGCAAGAUCGGUUGGUCAACUCCGCAACAAUAGGUUAGCAAAUCUUCUUGGUUGUUGUUGUGAGGGUGAUGAGAGGUUGCUUGUGGCCGAAUUUAUGCCCAAUGAGACACUUGCAAAGCAUCUCUUUCACUGGGAGACACAACCCAUGAAAUGGGCAAUGCGGUUAAGGGUGGCUUUGUAUCUUGCACAGGCUCUCGAGUAUUGUACAAUCAAAGGGAGGGCACUUUAUCAUGAUCUUAAUGCUUAUAGAAUAUUAUUUGAUGAAGAAGGCGACCCCCGUCUCUCUUGCUUUGGUUUGAUGAAAAAUAGUCGAGAUGGAAAAAGUUACAGCACAAACUUGGCAUUUACUCCUCCUGAAUAUUUGAGGACAGGAAGAAUUACCCCAGAGAGCGUCAUGUAUAGCUUUGGGACGCUGUUGCUUGACCUUCUCAGUGGAAAACAUAUUCCUCCAAGCCACGCCCUAGAUCUGAUUAAAGACCGGAAUCUUCAGAUGCUUACUGAUUCUUGUUUGGAAGGACAAUUUUCUUCUGAUGAUGGAACUGAAUUGGUAAGGAUAGCUUCAAGAUGUCUGCAAUACGAGCCACGUGAGCGGCCAAAUCCAAAGUCACUAGUUACUGCUUUAUUUCCUCUUCAGAAAGAAACUGAGGUUCCUUCUCAUGCUUUGAUGGGUAUAUCACGUGAUGGUGAAACUAUGUCUCUGUCUCCACUUGGUGAAGCCUGCUUAAGAAUGGAUCUAACUGCCAUCCAUGAGAUUUUAGAAAAGCUUGGGUACAAAGACGAUGAAGGAGCAGCUACUGAGCUUUCAUUCCAGAUGUGGACAAAUCAGAUGCAGGAAACAUUGAACUCCAAGAAAAAGGGUGAUGCUGCUUUCAGGCACAAAGAUGCUAAGGCUGCUGUCGAAUGCUAUACACAGUUUAUCGAUGUUGGAACCAUGGUCUCCCCAACUGUGUAUGCACGGCGUAGUCUGUCUUAUCUCAUGAGUGAUAUGUCACAGGAAGCCCUGAAUGAUGCAGUACAGGCACAAGUAAUAUCUCCUGUAUGGCAUAUUGCUUCGUAUUUACAGGCUGCUUCUCUUUUUGCACUGGGAAGGGAAAAUGAGGCACACAUUGCACUUAAAGAGGGUUCUGUUCUCGAAGAGAAGAAGAACACAAAUUCCUGAAAGUGGUGAGUUAAGCCAGUGUGAUCUCUAUUUUAUUGCUUCGUUGCUGAUGGGGACUUGGACAUAGAUCACAAAAAGGUCACUGUGGAGAGGCUGUUCUUAGAUCACAAAAAGUUCACCGUGGAGAGGCUGUUCAAUCUAUCUCCUCGUGCAUGCAAUCAUUUAGGUUCGGUUUACUUCAGAGAAUUCUUUUGCAACAUAAUUGGAUGUGAGGGGGGUUCGAUUUGGUCAUGGCUUUUGUGGACGGGGAAUAAUCCAAUGCUGUUGGUUCCUUAAGGAUCUAACAUCUGUGGAAAAGGAAAGCUGGAGAACACUUCUGUGCUGUAAUUUAUGUACAGUGCUAUUUGGCUGCACAAAUUGUUUUGUCUCUCUCUUGAAAUCAUCCUUCCUUUUCUUCUCUUGGAGUUGGGGGUCAAUAUCCUUUCUUUGUGUUGUAAUUUACUUUGCAGUGCUUAUGUUAAGUACAGUCGUUACUGGUCUGUCUAACUUUCUGAAUGUUGUUUGCAUCUUUUAUGUCAACAAUUACUCAGUUUGAAUGUUUGUGCAAUAUUAUCUGUACAGCUGGUAGCUCAUUCA